AGCGAAACCUAUCAGUGGUGUGUUGACUUCGGAAGUAGAAACGUGUUCGCGAGACGCCCUGGCGUUCUGUGCUGUCGAAUUAUAGAAACAGGAAAAAAUAAAUACUUUGCAACAACAAUGUCCUCAGUGGACGCUCAAGCCCCCGUCGGGAACGAGGUGGAUGAAGUAACAAUUGUCUCGGCAGUCAACGACCAGCGAAGCGCAAAUUUUCUGCAACUGGCGAUGACGGCACUCAGACUGACCCCCAGCAGUGAUCGAAAUAGUGGAGCAGCUCUACGCUUCAGAAAACAAAUUACGCUCGACGAGGUGUCCUAUCACGACACCCCUAAUGACUGCUGGAUUGUGCUGUUCGAUCGUGUCUACGAUAUUACCAGUUUUCUACAACUGCACCCCGGAGGUCACGACGUACUUCUGGAACAUGCGGGUCGGGAUGCAACAAUCGCUUUCAAUGGCAGUGGACAUUCGAAAGCUGCUUUUGCUUCGCUGAAAAUGUACGAGAUAGGAGAGCUUCCGCUCGAAGAAUGCAUCUAUAGGUGCCCCGGGAAACUGAACGCCACUCACCUUCCCGAUUGAAGACUGACGAUUGUUCGCUGCAUUCGAUGGAACUAAUUUUGUUUUUAAACUCGCUGAAACUUGAGAAGCAAUUAAUUAACCAUAGACUAAGUCUACAUUGGUAACAAAGCUUUAACAUUGGUCAAUGUGUCGUAUUUCAGGGAUGUAGGCUACUAUUGUACGACAGUAUUGGCAUCUUAGCAAGUUGCAUUCUUGGUGUUGCAAUCUUUACUUUACCUAAUGAUUAAGUUUAAUUUAUAGAAUUUUUUUUUCUUUCAAA